GAGAUUUUCCGUUAAUAAUCAGAAUUCAUGCAUUUGCUGUACUGAAUUCAACGAACUUCACAACAGCUACAAGAACAACUACAAUAACACAACUGCGACAGAAGCGGAGGCAAGAAGUACAGUAAGAGAAUGAUAGCAUCGAUAUGUCGCACACCAUUUUGCUGGUACAGCCGGGCGCACGGCCGGAGACGCGAACCUAUUGCGACUAUGAGAGCGUCAAUGAAUGCAUGGAAGGCGUCUGCAAGAUCUAUGAGGAGCAUCUGAAGCGACGCAAUCCGAACACGCCCACCAUUACGUACGACAUCAGUCAGCUGUUUGACUUUAUCGAUACGCUAAUCGACAUUAGCUGCUUGGUCUAUCAAAAGAGCACCAAUACCUACGCGCCCUACAACAAGGACUGGAUCAAGGAGAAGAUCUAUGUUCUGCUGCGUCAGGCGGCGUUCAGUCCAAAUGCCUGAGAUGGCCUCCACUGCUGACUAGCCAAACGCAACCAAA